GGCGGCUUGAUAUCAGCCUUGUUUUGCCUAUGGUUGACGAAGAUCUAAAAAUAGCUGGAUGAAAGCGUGAUACCAGUUUGUUGGAGCCCACUCGUCAAUGCCUGGCUAUCAAAGAGCCAAACUCAGUGCUCUAAAUCGUCUCAGAACUCGUCUGAACAAACAAGGGAACCGACAUGGAUGUACAAAACGCCCGCAGCUUUCCUCUCUGAACACUACUUCUUCCAUUGAACGGUCACUUUUGCUGAUAGAACAGGAAAUCGACUCGUUGCUUAGACAGACUACAUGCAUCUCUUAUGGAGAGAAGGAACUUAGCGACAUGAGGUUGGAGAUCGACCGACUUCGGCGCGAAUACACAGCUCACAAGAAGAAGCUUAAGACCCUUGCCCAGUGUGCUUUUAAUACAAAGGCGACAAACUCUGAUUCUGUUCACUCGUUGAAUGGUUCAGAAAGUGUCGCACGUACAAUGUCCUCCCUCAUGCUUCCGUCCGCAAUGACGGAGUUGCCCCUUUUGAAAAACGUACCGAAAGAGUCUCAUGGAACGGACGGCCUAGUUUCUUAUGAACUGUCAGAUGAAGAUUGUGACGGCACGCUUGAGAAAUAUGUACACUCGUGAUGCUCAACAGAACUGUACAGCAUGUGUUGUUAUUUUUCAUACGUGUGACUUCUCAUCAUGCCUUUUCAUUGCAGUUGGUACCAGUCUCCUUCGCUGUUGUCUUGGCGCUGUGUUGUUACAUUCUGUGGAGAUUUUACUUUCAAAGCCGGCCUCCAACUAAUCUGAAGGGUUACAACGUGCUCAUCACUGGCGGUUCCAGUGGAAUAGGCUUAUCGCUGGCAGAGUUGUUCUAUCUUUCUGAUGCCAAUGUCACAUUACUUGCCCGUGAUCAGAAUAAGCUGAUUUCAGCCCAAGAGAAGUUACAUGCUUCGGGAAGACGUGGUUGCCAAGUUCGGACCUUGUCAGUUGAUUUAUGUGCUGAGUUUCAGCCGUUGAAGAAUCAGCUUGAAGAAUACAUUUUAAGUACAGGUCCCGUGGAUAUUCUCGUACACUGUGCAGGAUAUGCAGUUUCACGAACAUUCCUUGACACAACGCCAGACACUAUCGAGGGUUUGAUAAAGACGAACUACCUAUCGGCUGUUAACGUGACCAAAAUACUGUUGCCUCACAUGCUCUCAGAUCGAACUCGUAGUAGUAGAGAUCGGCGAAUCUCAUUCGUUUGUAGCAUGGCAGGUCAAGUCGGUGUUUAUGGUUUUGCAGCCUACAGUGCCAGUAAAUACGCCCUGAGAGGUUUCGCUGAAGUAUUACGAAUGGAAUUGGAGCAUUCGGGUCCACUGAUCACUUUGGCAUUCCCUCCUGACACAGAUACUCCUGGAUUGGCAGCGGAGAAUGUCGGCAAACCAUCGGCGACCCUCGAAAUUUCUUCUGCUGGUGGCCUUGCCACACCUGAACAAGCCGCGUACACAAUUUUUCGUGAUAUCCUCGAUGGAGCCUUCAAUAGUUCCUACGGUUUUGAAGGGAAGGCGUUAAGCUGGGCAACUGCUGGACUUGCACUUCCCGUCAGUAUUCGCGAUAUACAUCAAGAUAACAUCUUCAAAAUAAUCCUCAGUUCGAUCGCCGAGGUUCUCGUCGCGGGACCACUUCGUGCUGUUGGUAUAGGCUAUGCCUUUUGGAUGCGCCGUGUGGUUUCCCGACACAUGGGAAAGAAUGUACGGUCCUCUGGCUAAGUGGCUGUGCAAAUUUCGUGUUUCUUUUAGCUUUCUUGUGUUAUGCCGUUUAUUCCCGUUUUUAUAAUAUACGGUAGCAUACUCC